AUGAGGUUAAGGUUUAGGAACAGCACAGAGAGCAAAUUGUCAUUGACUCAUUGGUGGGUGUCCACACCCCACCCUUCUCUUCUCGCCCAAACAAUACAAUACACUAAUCAUUUCACACCACUUUCCUUCUCCGCCAUCCACGUCAGCUCCUCCGCCGUAACCAACAGCAAUGGCCACCCUCCCCCACCCUCACCCCUCCUUCGAAAUCCUUGGAGGAGCACGUGACCGUUUCCUCCCAGUGCUCACCCACUUGACUCGUCCCUAUCGCCCCUUUCCUCUCCUCGCUUCCAACCGCCACAUCGAAACCAUCUUCGCCGCAUUCUUGCGCUCCGUUCCCGACGUUAGACUCCGCCGCCACUGCCUCAGAACCCAAGACGGCGGAGCCGUCGCUCUCGACUGGGUCUCCGGCGACGACCGCCGUUUGCCACCCGAUUCUCCACUCCUCAUCUUGCUGCCAGGCUUAACCGGAGGCAGUGAGGAUGCUUACGUGAGACAUAUGUUAGUUAGAGCUCGAAGUAAUGGAUGGCGUGUUGUGGUGUUCAAUAGUCGCGGUUGUGGAGAUAGCCCUGUUACUACUCCUCAGUUCUAUUCUGCUUCGUUUUUGGGAGAUAUGCACGAGGUUGUUUCCCAUGUCACCACUAGAUACCCCAGUGCUAAUGUAUAUGCAGUUGGUUGGUCACUUGGAGCAAACAUUCUUGUUCGUUACUUGGGUCAGGAAUCACACAAUUGUCCUCUUUCUGGUGCUGUAUCAUUGUGUAAUCCUUUCAAUUUGGUUGUGGCAGAUGAGGACUUUCGAAAGGGCUUUAACAUUGUCUAUGACAAGGCUCUUUCAAAGGCUCUUUGCAAGAUUUUCAAGAAGCAUGCUUUACUUUUUGAAGAUAUUGGUGGUGAAUAUAACAUUCCACUGGCAGCCAAUGCCAAGUCUGUUAGGGAGUUUGAUGAUGGAUUGACCCGCGUUUCUUUCGGAUUCAAGUCGGUGGAUGAAUAUUACUCUAAUUCAAGCAGUUCAGAUUCCAUAAAACAUGUUAAAACCCCAUUGCUUUGCAUCCAGGCAGCCAAUGAUCCGAUUGCUCCUUAUAGGGGAAUUCCUCGUGAAGAUAUCAAGGAAAAUCCAAACUGCUUGUUAAUAGUGACAUCCAAAGGUGGCCAUCUGGGGUGGGUUGCAGGGGAUAAUGCUCCAUUUGGGGCCCCUUGGACUGAUCCAUUGGUAAUGGAUUUUAUUCAAUAUCUAGAGAAUGAUGCAGUUAAAGACCCCCAAGCUUGUAAAAAUCCUGGACAUAAAGAUGCCCUGCUCCAAGUGUAGUGUAGUGUAUUGUGGCACUCUGGUAAAUAUUUCAUUUUGUCACUCUUCAUACAUCAAAUCAAACACAUCCUCCAGUCUCACCAAUAAAGGAUACAUCAUGGAAUCUUCUUUAGCCCAUUCUUAGUUCUCGGGAAUGCUGUCUUGUGUGGAAGGAACCAUACGCUCUUGUUCAAUUUUAUGAUUUACAUACCAAUCAAUUUAUUCCUUUUUAGAGAGUAAGUAGAAAUAAUUACUGUAAAAUUGGAUAAGUACUGUAAUUGUCUUAGCAUUCAUUUAUUGUUAUUGAAUUUAACUUUAUU